AAUUUCGUGCGGAAAAACGCAUCCUCCAACUAAACUAACACUAUCGAUUGUGCAAUAUCAUGGCGUCGAGAACAUCGCGCACCACGCCCACGAAAGGAAUCGCAGGGGGCCGGUCGGAAGGUUUCGAAGAUUAUUUGGACGCACUGCUAGCCGACCUUCAGAAUACGGUUCCCGGACACAAUCAGCAGCAGCAUGCCGGUGGCGGAGGCUCAUCAGUGCCCGGGUACGGCAGCCUUAACGGAGUCCGGAACAAGCAGCAGACAAGUCCCAUUCCGCAAACAUAUCAGAAUACUUCUACUAAAACUGUCACUGAAGCACGCACCUCUAACGGCUACAAUGGCUCGCUGCCCAGAUCAACAACCCCACACAACUCCUUGCCACGUUCGAGCACUCCGCAAAAACUACAAACAUCCGCUUCCGGUAAUCUAUCGGAACUGGACUCGCUACUCCAAGACUUGAGCAGCGCCCGCUACGGAAAUGUGGUCGAAAAACAACCUAAUAACGCCAUCGUUACUAGUCCAUCUCCAUAUGCCAUUAAUGAUAGCAUUAAGCGACCGUCAGUAGACAGUUUGCUGGAGGAGCUGAGCAAUGCACACUCGAAUCCAAUUUAUGCUGUUCCGCACGGGCCGCAGAAUGCAAACCAACCGGGACGGCAAGUCACGAUAACGGUGCGUGAAACGACGACGGAAAAGCUUACUGGUACUCCAAGUGCACAGUACCAGAAUCAGAUGUAUCAACAACAGCUGGCCCAAAAUGAAUCGCACACUUCGUCUGCAACGAAGGAAUUGGACGAUCUGAUGGCGUCACUGUCGGAUUUCAAGAUCAGCGCCGGAUCAUCGCACCAGCACCAGUCGGUGACGGAUUACGCCAAACCGAACCAGGGCACAUCGCACUACCAGAGCACGCUGACGACGGUUUCGACCACCGAGCAGCUGCCACCGUCGUCCGACCAGCUCGAUUCUAUGCUCGGCAAUCUCACCGCCGACAUGAGCCGCCAGGGUGUGAACACCACGCAGAAGGGAUGCUGUAACGCGUGCGACAAACCGAUCGUCGGUCAGGUCAUCACGGCACUCGGUAAAACGUGGCAUCCGGAGCACUUCACGUGCAGCCACUGCAAUCAGGAGCUCGGCACGCGCAACUUCUUCGAGCGCGAUGGCAACCCGUACUGCGAGACGGAUUAUCACAACCUGUUCAGCCCACGGUGCGCGUACUGCAAUGGGCCGAUUUUGGAUAAAUGCGUGACGGCACUGGAGAAAACGUGGCACACGGAGCACUUUUUCUGCGCCCAGUGUGGCCAGCAGUUCGGCGAAGAUGGGUUCCAUGAGCGCGAUGGCAAGCCGUACUGUCGCAACGAUUACUUCGACAUGUUCGCCCCGAAGUGUAACGGGUGCAACCGGGCCAUCAUGGAGAACUACAUCUCCGCCCUGAACAGCCAGUGGCAUCCGGAUUGCUUCGUUUGCCGGGACUGCCGCGAACCGUUCCACGGUGGGUCGUUCUUUGACCACGAAGGAUUGCCGUACUGCGAGACGCAUUACCACGCGAAACGAGGAUCACUUUGUGCCGGAUGCUCCAAACCGAUCACCGGCCGCUGCAUUACGGCCAUGUUCAAGAAAUUCCACCCGGAGCACUUCGUGUGUGCCUUCUGUCUGAAGCAGCUGAACAAGGGGACCUUCAAGGAGCAGAACGACAAACCCUACUGCCAUCAGUGCUUCGAUAAGCUGUUCGGUUAGGAACACCCGGACGGUGGAAUGCUCUGGCUACGAUUUUACUUAUCUUGCAGUUUAACUGUCUUCCUUACGUGCGACUUAUCGCCUUGGUACAGGCGUCUCGAAAAGGCUCCACCGCACAAAACACGCACAAGUGUCCUCGGGGAGGAGGGACACAAAAUGGACAGCUAAUUUUGUGUUGGUCUGCGUUUUUUACGUUUAUUAUCGUUUACAUUAACUAAGGACGCGUUUUACGAUGUGAGAGUCUGUUUUUUUUUAAAUUGGGUACAAUCAACAGCACAAAUUUGACUUCCGCGAUGCCAACCUGUAAAGUUCAGCAUUCGUGCCGCGAUCGCUAGUGUAUGCUCUAUUCACACCGCCAAUGGUGACUUUACGCGGCUCAACUUUUCUGAUAGUUUAAGUGCGUCAAUUAAUAUUAAUCGCGAUACAUUUAACCGGUCGCGCCCGGUGGCUCUGCUAGACGAAUGUGGACGUUCUGUUGUUGGAGAGGCAUGGUCAAUGUGCUAACCGAAACGCGUGUUAAAGUUUAUACACUAACCCCUAGGAUGGUGCAGCCGUAUCAUCGUAUGUAACCGGGUUUGUUCUCUGAUUAACAACGGCCGCAGAAUCGAAUCGAAAUCGUGCUGAUGCAGCCAUUAUUAGUGGCCACGCUCUGGCGGCUCCCAGCACGGCUCCAUCUCAGAUAACAUGCCAACGAAACGCGCAUCCUUACACGCUGGUAUCAGAAAGAGACGACGUAGCGCGUAUGUGACCGAGCACGUGCCCUUCGGCACGUGGUGAAACUCUGGAAAUUUGGUGUAGUGGCGGCUCGCCCGAGCAACGUAUUAUAUUAACCUGUUGAAAACGAACGUAGGAGCGUGUAGUAGUUGUGUUUAGUCGCGUUCUCCACAGUUUCCUAACUCUUUCCGAUAGUUCCAAUAACUAGCCACAAACGCCCAGCUGCAGGAGUAAUAAUAAGUCAACGUUCUUACCGAUACACCAUGGAAAGGAUGAUGUUUUAAACGCUUGCCAUUAGCUAUCCGGCGGUCGGAUGGCUCAAAGGGCAAGGAAAGUUUAUCCGUUUCAACUAAAUCUGUAACAUGCCAAUAAAAUCUGACCUGCUGG